AUGUCUUCUUCUUGGGGUACGUUGAGGCACAUAGAUGCUGGCCUCAAGAAUGUCACAUUUAGCAAUUCAUGCUUCAUCAAUGCAACUCUGCAGUGUUUAUUUCACACUCCUGAAUUUUUGAUGUUAUUGGAAAGUGAUGAAGCUCAUCGCAAGAAGUGCUCUAGCUUCAAAUGCAUUUUGUGCAACUUGAAUAAGGUGUGGACAAAUAUGAAAGCUGGAGAAGCCAUAGUGGCAUAUCCAAUUAUUUUAAUGCUUGACCGUAUAUGUGUCCAUAUGAAAAGGGGUAAACAAGAGGAUGCGUCCGAAUUUCUAGAAUUUCUCUUGUCUCGUCUGAAUGAUGAUUUGACAGCGAGACCUGGUUCCAACAGCACAGGAGCAGUGUCUGAUAUAUUUGAUGGGUGGAUGAAAACGACAGUUACUUGCACCGUUUGUGGGAAGGAGCACAUAGGUGUGAACCCUGAAAGAGAUUUAUUUGUAGAGGCAUCCAAUAGUGACAAACCUAAUACGGUAGAAAGUCUUCAGGAUAAAGUCAACCGUUAUCUGAAAGGCAGGGAAAUUUUUAAGUUCAAGUGUGAGAACUGUGGCAAGAGUGUUGACUGUCUCAAAGCUUAUUCCUAUUAUACUUAUCCAAAAAUACUGAUAGUGAAUAUCAAAAGGUUUGCCCAUGGCACUGAUAAGAAAUUCACCAACCCAGUAUCAGUUCCUAAAACAAUGCAGGUGGGAAAUGCAGAGUAUGAGUUUGUAAGUAGCAUUGUUCAUAGUGGUCCUUCUGUCACUGAGGGGCAUUACACCUGUGUAGCCAAGUGCCCUGACAACUCCAUCACUCAGUUUGACGAUGCCAAGGUGAAGAAAAACUUAAAAGAGAUGAAUACGCCGGACUUUAUGAGAGGGGUAUAUACUGUUCUAUUUUCUUUGAAGAGUCUCACACCAAAGCAACCAGAGGAAGUUUCGGUGCGCCCAUCUAAAAGGCCUCUUCCUCUCACCCCAACCAAAGUUAGUCCGUAUGCGAAAAAGGGCAGUACUUUGAAGACCUUUUCUCCCAUGAGGAAGAAGAGAAACUUGAGGAAGGCACUGGUAUUUCGACCAAAAGUACCCCUUAACACUGACAAUCUUCAAGUGGAGCAGUUCACUGAAGAGCCAAAUUCCAAAGAAUCUUGUUUGAAAUUGCCAUCCACUGUUUCUAAGGAAUCUGGUUUGAAAUUGCCAUCGGCUGUUUCUAUCUCCACUCCACAGCUGUAUGAAGAUAGUUUCAUAAUAAAGGGAUGGGAUAGCAGUGAUGACGAAGGAACAGAGGCGCCCGAAGUUCGAGCAUCAUUAGGCAUGGGAAGCAAUCCCAAAACAGGGAGCCCUGUUUCUCUGCUGGACAGUGAAGAUACUAUGACCGCAUGUAUUACUCCCAUAAAAGUGAGAUUCCCAGAAGCCCCGUCACAGACGCUUAAAAACCUUCAGGAACCGCUAGGGGAAGAAAACGAACUAGGUGGCAUUGAGACUCUUGACUGGGGCUCAGACAGUGAAGAGACUGCGACUGCUUGUAUUACCCCUAUUAAAGUUAAAGUUCCACCUGUUCCGCUUCAAAAUAAGUUUCAUCAAAAUGAACAUGAUUAUUGUGCCAUUCAACCUAAAGAGGGUCCUCUGAUUAUACUUGUUGAUGAGAUGUUUGUUUUCUUUGGUUAA